AUAAGAUACACACAGCAGCAUGAAUGCAAAAAUCAAUUACAGUCUUGCGGCAGUGUUUUUGUCUGCUUUGUUUGAAACAGUACAUGCAUAUUACACAUAUGCUCAAAUCCAGUGUCAUGUGUCUGACUCUCUACAAAAGAUUGAAUUUAUCUUCUCUGUCACCUACAACAUGAUUGAACUUGUGAGAUACAACAGUACUGAAGAUACGUUUUUUGGUUACACUGCAAUUGGUCAAAAAUUUGCAGAGGAAUAUAAUAAAGACAAAGUUUUACUUGCACAACAUGAUUUUGUGCUGAACCAAUGCAGAGAACUUGGUGAUGUCAUUUUACCUAAUGCAGUUUGGCUUGCAGUGAAACCAGAAGUCAUUAUUCGGUCAGUUACUGAAGCUAAAGGCAAUCGGAAAGCUGUCCUGGUGUGCAGUGCCUAUGACUUUUACCCCAAAGGCAUCAAACUGACGUGGAUGAGGGAUGAUAAAAAGGUUACAGCUGAAUUGACAUCCUCUGAGGUGAUGGCUGAUGGACACUGGCACUACCAGAUUCACUCCUACCUGGAAUAUUUUCCUCAAACUGGAGAGAAGAUCUCCUGUGUGGUGGAUCACGCCAGCUCCCUUAAACCCAUGAUCUAUUACUGGGAUCCCUCUCUCCCCGAGUCUGAAAGAUCUAAGAUCAUUCUUGGGGCUGUGGGGCUGCUGAUGGGGAUUUUUACAGCAGCUGCAGGAGUGAUCUAUUAUAAAAGAAAACAAACAGGCUUUUACAGACUUCCGGUUUGUUUACUUCCAAUGGAAACAAUGAACGACACUGAACUGCAGUAGGCUGUGACAUUUGAUACUUAAACAUAACCUCCAGAUCAUCUGAGAGAUCCACUGAUUGAAUAGGUGGAGUGUCCUGCGUCAAUCACAUGCUUCAUCUCUUGAUUUGUUAAUAUUAAUGUUUUCUCACCUGUCAAUUCAAAGGUGACAAACUCUUAAAAUAGAUUAUUGAAGAUUAAUGUUUUGUUACUUGGACUUGACUUGAUUUAUGAUGUAAUUCUAAUGUACAUUUCAAAUAUUAUUACGUAUACACUCUAGCACUUGACAGUGUACUCUACACUGAACUUGACAAUGUUUUUGGAGAUGACAAUACUCAAAUUUUCAAAUA